AUGAGCUGCUUUGAAUUUUGGUUUAGUGAUGACGAGAACGAGGACGAGAAUGCAAAUACCAACGAAAGUUCUUCUGUUCACUCGUUGGUGCGCCUGGAGCGUCGAAGGCUACGAGACAUGAGCAAUCCCUUAGAUAUGCCAUGCAAUGCGUUUAUCAGAUAUUUUCGGAUUUCCAAGGACCUUUUCAAGUAUUUAUUAAAUAUUGUUGAACGAAAGCUAGGCAGUACAGUUGGAUCCGCAUCUGUGCUACCAAUUAUUAAGCUAUCGGCAGCAAUGAGGUUCUUUGCAGAAGGAAGUUAUCAGAAGGGAGUAGGCAACGAUUUAUUUGCGGGAAUGGCUCAACCGACAAUGUCAAAAUCUUUGUCAUCUAUUGUUAAUAUAUUGGAAUCUGAAGUCUGUCCUACAACAAUUACUUUUCCCACCAAUGAAGCUGAAAAGAACGCUAUUAAAGUUGCAUUCUAUGAGAAAACGGGAUUCCCAGGAAUUAUAGGAUGUGUUGAUGGCACGCACGUAAAAAUUAUUGCUCCUCCUUCAAACAUUCAACAUCUUUAUUACAAUAGAAAAGGAUUCCAUAGUUUGAACGUUAUGUUGGUAUGUGAUCAUAAACUGAGAAUCCGGUACGUAGAUUCAAACAAUCCUGGAUCUAAUCACGAUUCAUUCAUAUGGAAUAAGAGUCCUCUGGAUGCAGAGUUGAAAAAUAGAUACCGAAAUGGUGAACGAAAUACAUGGCUUCUAGGUGACGCCGGAUAUCCUUUAAAGCCCUAUUUGGUUACACCAUUCCGUUCUACAACUAGUACACAGAGCUCCGAAAGUCAAGCGAAAUUUAAUGAAAUACACUCAAAAGCACGGAUGACUGUUGAAAGAGCUAUUGGAGUAUUAAAAAAUGUAUUUCGAUGCACAUUAGGUGCAAGGCAGUUGCAUUACAAACCAGAGAAAGCGGCGAAGAUAGUUAACGUGUGUUGUGCUUUACACAAUUUGAGGCUUCAGUUUAAUGUACCAAUGAUUGACGAAUAUUUCGAACCUAUCGAUAAUAAUCAUAUCAUUGAUCCUACAUUUGAAGGUGAUAUUGACAUGUCAGCGGAUAAUAUAAGACAGGAAAUUAUGUCCUCCAUUGUAUGAA